AUGGCAUCCUCAUGCCAGAUCCUAUACAUGGUCCCGUAUGAGCCUACUCUCUUGUUCCUCCUUAUUCUUCCCACAGUCGCCAUUUACGCCUUUCUCUUGGCUAUCGCCGCCCUUUUUUCGCCUUGCAUCUGCACCGUUCUGACCAUUACUCGGGGUAUUCUACUCGCGUUCAUCGCUGUUGUUUGUCUCCUCGCAAUCAUCCUCGAUCCGAAGGCCAACUACAUCUCCAAGAAGACCAUCGCUAGGACUGACAAUGAAGACAUCACCACCGACUCUCACUUCGUCCCUUCCUGUCCUCCCAUCAAGGCCAAGCAAUGCACCGCCAUCAUGACUGUCGAGGGGAAGGUUGUGGGCUACGUGGCCGGCGGUCACGACGAUAACUCCGGCAAUAAGGACGCUAUCAUCUACGAGGACGGUUCUGGAGAAGGAGGAAAUGUGGGAUACCGCGCAUGUGGCCAUGGAGAGGAGCGUAUUAAGCGGGUUAUAAGGCCUUUAAUCGGAUUCCGGAGCCAGAAGAUCGUUAUUGACGAAGACACCAUACCUCAGGGUGUCCAGUUUAGGGAAAUUCUGUAUCGUGAUGCCUACUGGGAAAUCUGA